AAAUUGAUACAGGUUUGGUGCUCAUUGAUUAUAAAGAAGGAAAUUAGCCAUUUUAAACAAAGUAUAACAUUAAACUGGCCUGUACAUAAUAAUGAUGUACUUCCUGGAGAAGUAUUAAGUGGCGAUUUCGUACAAGUGGAUUGAUUUGUGUUUAUUUCGGAAUAGGAUUUUAAUGAAUAUAUUUCAUCCAUUUGAUAUGAUUCAAUUUUUCUGGUUUUGUUACGUGCUGUAUGUUGGUUCAUGAUGCCAUUCAAGAAAAAAUUCAAGCAGUUGGAGGAAGCUGAUAUAACAGAGAUUGAGAGGCGAAUUAAAGCAAAUGACCCACCAUACAAUGCACAGUUUGAAUAUGCGAACAACUACAUCUGUACGUCAAAGUACACGAUAGUAUCAUUUUUACCGAAGAACCUGUUUGAGCAGUUACAGAGGAUCGCCAAUGCAUACUUCCUUGGUCUCCUCAUCCUACAGCUUAUUCCGGCUAUAUCCUCCCUGACCCCUCUUACAACGUUCAUCCCUCUGGUUGCGGUGGCCAGUUUCUCUGCUUUUAAAGAUGCUCUCGACGACUAUAGACGGCAUAGAAGUGAUGACAUAGUCAACAACAGAAAGGCAAUGGUUUUACGAGAUGGUAAAAUGGUGGAAGAAGUUUGGCAAAAGGUGGUGGUUGGCGACAUCAUAAAAAUGGAGAAUAAUCACUUUGUAGCUGCUGAUUUACUACUGUUAUCUACCAGUGAACCAAACAGUUUAUGUUACAUCGAGACAGCUGAAUUAGACGGGGAGACAAAUUUGAAGGUCAGACAAGCUCUUCCAGAGACAGCUGAAAUGGGAGACGACAUCGGACAGUUUACUCAAUUUGAUGGGGAGAUAAUCUGUGAGGCUCCUAACAACCGUUUACCAAAAUUUGAAGGCAAAUUGAACUGGAAAGGUGAAACUUACGCUCUUGACAAUGAUAAAAUUCUUCUCCGUGGUUGUGUUCUACGUAAUACCCAUUGGUGCUAUGGACUGGUUGUGUUCUCUGGUCAUGAGUCUAAACUCAUGAUGAAUUGUGGGAAAACUGUCUUUAAACGAACGAACAUUGAUCGGCUCAUGAAUGCUUUAAUUAUAGGUAUUUUCAUUUUCCUGUUGAGUAUGUGCCUCAUCUGUACCAUUGCCUGUGGGAUAUGGGAGAGCAUUUUUGCUGGAGAUAAGUUUCAGAUCUACCUCCCAUGGGAGAGUUAUAUACCUGGUACAAUUUUAGGGACCAAGGAGGGUUCUGUGACCGAGGGUGCGACAGUUUUGUCCAUGCUGACUUUCUUCUCAUAUAUCAUCGUCCUGAACACUGUAGUGCCUAUAUCUUUAUAUGUUAGUGUAGAGAUUAUUCGGAUGGGAAACAGUUUACUAAUCAACUGGGACAGCAAGAUGUACUAUGAGCCCAAAGAUGAUCCUGCCAAGGCGCGAACCACGGCACUAAAUGAGGAGCUAGGGCAGAUUGAAUACAUCUUCUCUGAUAAAACUGGAACACUCACACAGAACAUAAUGGAGUUUAGGAAAGCGUCAAUCAAUGGAAAAUCUUACGGAGAUUAUUUGGAUGCCUCUGGCACUGCCAUAGAGAUAACAGAGUUUGAAGGUAGUGAUAGUGCAGAUAGUGUAUUUCACUAUGACACUGAUUCAACACCAAAGUGUGAUUUCUCAGAAAACAAAUAUUCUGAAGACAGUUUUUCCUAUUACGACAGAAGAGUACCAGAUGGAAUUAGGAGACAGGACUCCCACAUGUGUGAUUUCUUCAAACUUCUAGCUCUGUGUCAUACCGUGAUGCCAGAGGAGAAAGAAGGAAAACUUGAAUAUCAAGCCCAGUCACCAGAUGAAGGAGCUCUCGUCUCAGCAGCCAGAAAUUUUGGAUUUGUCUUCAAGUCGAGAACACCAAACACAAUUACGAUAGAUAACUGUGGAAAAGAGGAGGUUUAUGAUCUUUUAGCCAUUCUCGAUUUUGAUAAUGUGAGGAAAAGAAUGUCUGUUAUAGUAAGAAGGAAUGGGAAGGUGCAGUUGUGGUGUAAAGGUGCUGAUUCUGUUAUCUAUGAAAGACUAGACAAGUCGUGCCGGGAACUUCAGGAAUUAACAACGCACCAUCUUAAUGAGUUUGCUCAAGAAGGUCUAAGGACACUGUGUCUGGCAGUUAAAGAUAUCCCGGACAGUUUCUAUGCACAAUGGGCAGUAAAAUAUAAAGAAGCAAGUAUUGCCAUGGAGAACAGAGAAGAGAAAAUGAACGAAUGUUAUGAGGAGAUAGAAACAAACCUGAUGUUGAUGGGUGCCACAGCUAUUGAGGAUAAACUACAGGAUGGAGUCCCAGAUGCUAUUGCUAAUUUGGCAAUGGCAGGCAUUAAAAUCUGGGUACUUACUGGAGAUAAACAAGAAACUGCAAUCAACAUUGGUUACUCAUGUCGUCUGCUGACAGAUGAUAUGGAGGAAGUGUUUAUUAUUGAUGAGGAAGAUUAUGACAAGGUUAAACAACAAAUGGAAGAUGCCCUGAAAGCUAUCGAUGAUAUCAAAAAAGGCAAAAAGACAGAAACAGAAGAUCAUGUAGAUUCUGUCAGAUUUGAAAAUGGCGGAAUGCCUACUGGUACUGCUACAUACAAUUCAGCAGACGAUGUUGUUAGUUUGGAGGGAACUUCAGACUUUGCCUUAGUCAUCAAUGGACACAGUCUGGCACAUUGCUUGAAACCAGAACUUGAGAUGACACUGUUAGAGUUAGGUUGUUCAUGUAAAGCUGUUAUCUGUUGCCGAGUAACGCCAUUACAGAAAGCUCUUGUUGUAGACCUGGUGAAAAGAAACAAGAAAUCAAUCACCUUGGCAAUAGGAGACGGAGCUAAUGAUGUCAGUAUGAUUAAAACCGCACACAUUGGUGUUGGUAUAUCUGGUCAGGAAGGAAUGCAAGCAGUUCUGUCAAGUGACUAUUCCUUCUCACAGUUCCGAUAUCUCGAGCGAUUGUUACUUGUGCAUGGGCGCUGGUCGUACUUGCGCAUGUGUAAAUUCCUCAAGUUUUUCUUCUACAAGAAUUUUGCUUUCACACUCUGUCAUUUCUGGUAUGCUUUCUUCUGUGGAUUUUCUGCUCAGACGCUGUUUGAUCCCUACUUUAUAUCCUUCUACAAUGUAAUGUAUAGUUCAUUACCAGUACUGGCUCUUGGUCUCUUUGACCAGGAUGUGAAUGACUAUUAUUCAACCCGUUACCCCAAACUUUACCACCCUGGCCUAGUGAACCUGCUGUUCAACAAAAGAGUCUUUGCUCUCAGUGUUAUUGAGGGAAUAUUGUCAUCCAUUGUAUUAUUUUUUAUACCGUAUGGUGCCUUGUAUGAGGAAGUGACACCGUGGGGAAAAGACCAAUCAGAUAUACAGUCCUUUGGUGUUGUUGUUGCAAGCAUACUUGUUGUUGCUGUUAAUUUAAGGUGUGCCUUAGACACUUCCUACUGGACUGGGUUCAAUCAUUUUGUGAUAUGGGGGAGCAUUAUCUACUACUUUUGUUUCAUCUUAGCAAUGUAUGCAUCUGUAUUUAACUAUACAUAUCAGGGUGUAGCUUUUGCCGUUUUUUCAUCGGCAAACUUUUGGUUGACGCUGAUUUUAACAAAUGUGAUACUAUUAGUUCCUGUGGUAGCGUACAGGUUUUAUAUAACAAGUAUAAAAGCUUCACUGACAGACAGGAUACGUAUGAAGCAAAGACUCACGAAGUCGAAGUCGCGAUCGCGAGACUUGCAUAUCAGAAGGACGUCAACAUUCCGUCGCAGCGCUAGAUCUAUGCGGUCUGGUUAUGCAUUCGCCCAUCAGCAAGGCUUUGCUGAGCUUAUUACUAGUGGCACAAAUAUGCGGGACAGAGCUUCGUCUGUGCAACUUAAAAGUCCGGUUACGUUGACAAAUGUGAAAAAGUUUGACGGACAUAGUGCUAACUCAUCGAAGCCGAAAAAUGGCACAGCAGCUCAGGCGUCCCAUCCAAAUUCACUAGAAACAUAUGAAACUGGGGGGAAAAUAUUGUAUACUGAAAAACUGUGAUGUUUCAUAGCUCAUAUUAUUUUACUAUAUAUGUAUAUAUACAUGUAUUGUAUGUAUAUAUGGUCAGAUAGGAUAGAUAUUUUGUGUAUUUAUAUGUCAGUCAAAAGUUGCAUUAUUUUAGUCAAAGUUUCUUAUUUUAUUUGAACAAAUGCCUACAUUUUAUACAUCAGUUUGUAACAAGUGUAAAAUAAGACACAGAAAAUGGCCUGUAAUUUAUUAAUUGCUUCCGUUUACCAAGUUUAGCUUCCCCUGGGAUGUUUUUACCUCAUACGUUUUUGAGCUAAUUUUUAAUGACAAGUUCCAUGUAAGAUUGGAAUUGAUUAUUUAAUUAUUUUAGUUGGUUCUUACUUCUUUAAAUCAGUACAUCUGCAUGGUGUGUGUGAAAGAUUUCUCUUGGUAUAAAGUUAGACCCUUCUCUGCUACCGUGGUAGUCCUUACUAGCCUAACUUCACAACCCCACCACACCACACAUUCCCCUCCACCCUACCUACCCACACCUACCCUACAACCCCGCUCAGCCUUAUAACACCUUUCCCACCACACAUUUACCAAACACACAGCAUGGGUUGGGCCAAACGUUAUUCUGAAAUUUUCUAAGGCCCUCCUCAGUUCACCUUUAGUUUCCAAGACAUACGACUGUAGUUAAAAUUACCAUAAAACAUUACCGUACCUCCAUGCAUUUAAGAUACACUCACUCAGUAAUCACUCCCUAUCUGAAAGGAAAUGGGCUUAUCUGGGAAAGAUUUGAUGUCUUUUUCAAAUUGUAUAAUGUCUAGCCAAGAAACUCUAAAUAUAAUAUGAUUGGGAAUUAAAUAUACCGAAAUUCUGGAUUAAAUUUACCAUUAUUGGGGAGUUUUUGUGCCUCUUUUAAAGCCAACUAAAGUCAGGGGUAUAGUUUUAGUAAUAAAUGAUUCAUUUGCUUCAAUGAUACACUAGAAAAGAAUACUACAAUAUGAAUGAUUUUCCUGUGAAAUAUAAUGUGUAUGUGAAUUAUUUCAGUUUCUUCUUUUGUCUCGUGGAAUUACCUUAUACAUAAUAUGACUUCUUUCCAAAGUACACUUAUUUUAAACAUCAGAAAUAUUUCUUUUCUUUUUAUUUCUUUUUGAUGUAAAUUCUAAUAUGUAUAUUUUUGUAAAAAGAAUUUGUAUGUAUAUUUCAAAGACUGCUUGUUGACCUGUAUUCACAGACAUGCUUGAUUGUUAUAUGGUUACAGAUACUUGCUGUCUGUAUAUUAUUACAUAAUCUGUGAUCAUGUUUAAGUUUUCUUAUACAAUUUUAAAUACAGUUGAAAUUCAAUAUCUCGAACUUGCAUAUCACAAAAUUCCGCCUAUCUUUAAGACAUUUUCAAAUCCCAUGCCGAAAACAAGUAAACAGUAUAUAAAAAAAAAAACAUAUUAAGUUGAAUUUUGGUUAUCUCAAAGUAAUACGCUUGAUCCCCUGGAAAUCGAGAUAACGAGUUUCAACUGUACUUACUUCUGUUAUUUUUAGAGAUGAAGUAUGACUUGUAUGUAAUGAAUUUUUAUUCUCAUUUAAUUCUUUCCUCUAUAAAUUUGGCUGCAGCCUAUAGUGAUACUUGGUCCCUGCCCCACCCCCACCUGACGUCACCUCCAGAUUGGAAGGUAUGAAGGAAAAUGCAAAAAAAAACAUUGUAGAAUUCCCUCAUUCAUCUCAUCUUAAAGAACAAAGGAUAACAUUGUUUUUGCAUUGUUUCGUUGUUUCAAAAUUAACAAGGACAACUGUCCUGUUUCUUUUCCAUUUUGUUUUUAAAGGUAAAACUUUGUAAUGUUUUGUAUCCAUUAUAUGUCGCGGUGAUCUCUUAUUUAUUUAGUUGAACUGCUGUAUUCAUAUGUACGUUGUUUUUUUGGAGAACAAGUACACAUUGUAAUCCAUUCUGAAACUCCCCAUCAGUUUCUGUUCUGCUGGUCCUUAUUCUGCUUCCAUUCAUUUCAGUUUUUCCUGAAAUAAUGUGACUAUAGUUUAAGUAUAUUUUAGACAUUUCCUGAAAUAAUGCCAUUAAAAGUUAAUUGAGCCGUGCCAUGAGAAAACCAACAUAGUGGGUGUGCGACCAGUGAGUCCGCUAAAAGGGAGAGACAGAGCUUAAUACCCUUUUCAUCAUAUUUGGGAAUUCUUAAAUCAGUGGUCUUGAUGAAGAAUUGAUGCAAUAUUAAUUUAUGCAGUUUUUUAUUACUUUAUAUAUAGCUGUGUCUCAAAAUAGAAAAUGACUUAAAAAUUGUGAGUAUAAUUUAUGGCUUGUAAAUUUUUAUUUGCUUACCAUGUUUUACAUGUUGUGAAAUAUUUAUCCAAUAUUUCAUGAAAUUUAUGUUAUUCAGAACUGGUUUAUAAUUUUACAAGUGCUUAUUUUGCCUUUUUAUGUUUCUAAAAUAUUUAUUUCUGCAAUAUUUUAGUGUUCAAAAAUUGAUAUUUUAGUCUCGUGCUGACUUUAAAGGUUAAAGGUUAAUUGUUGUUAUGCAUUUUUAUUGCUUGUGUUUCUAGUAUCUAGGUGCGUGCUGUUGAUACAAACUGUAACCCAUAAAGGGUCGAUUAAAAGAUCAGAUUGAACUCAUUUUUAGGUUAUCCCUUUGUCUGACCUAUUUUUUCACAGCUAUAAGACACAUUAAUCUAUUCUGAAUAAAAUAAUCUUAUCUGGGUAUCUCACACCGACUUUAAAGUAGGAUUUGAGUGGCCUCCACGGCUAAGGUGACUGACUUCAUGUCACUAGUCUCUGCCAUGAUGUGGAUUUGAAACCUCACUUCAGGUGUAGAAUUCUUCCUGUGAGCCACUUACAGAAGAUUUUUGCUUGUAACCAGGUGUCAGCCCAUGAUGAAAUAAUGCUUAGAGGGGCACCUAGGAUCUUCCUCCACCAUUUAAAGCUGGGAAGUCGCCAUAUGAGCUGUAAUUAUGUCGGCCAGAAAAAAAGUUGGAUGGUAUUUAUUAAAACUUCUGUUUUCUGGAUCUAUCAUAAACAGGGUUUAGGUACAUGUAGCCAUGUUUUAUGAGAAUCAACUAUGUUUGUCCUCAUUCUUCAUGACGGCUAUGGCAUCACUAUGUUGUCUGUUUAAGAUAUGUCUUAAAUUGAAUGAUGUGAUACGUAAUUGUUGGAACAGUGUGAAAAUAAAUUUAUGACAACAACCAAGUUUUUAGAAUUAAGGAAAUUCUGCCCUCCAUUUGUAAUAAGUUCAAAAACUCACUGGGACUGCUUUUUGGACAAAACCUCAAAUCCCAAAGCUUCUGCUUAACCACAAUUCGAGGUCGUUAUUUUUUUCAAUUUUAUCCAUGUUUUUUUUGUGUUUAAAUUUCAUGAUUUUUAGAUAAUUCAUUGAUUGUGAGUUCUUACUUUUUUGUUUGAGGAGCAUGAAGCAUAGUUGGGACAUUAUUCUCUCUUUAAAAAAAAUCCUUUCAUGUAGGGAACAAAAAAGGAAAACUAUUUGAGUUCAUGUCCUGCAUUUGUCAUUAAAAUAUUGUAUUUUUCUAUGUAUCAUUUUAAUGUUAAGACAAUUCUGUGUUCAUCAUUACUGUUCUGUUAUUAUAAAAUAAGUAGAUAUACUUACAAUAAAAAUCUUAAUCUCUU